GUCUCAUCUCAGUCGAGACCCAUCAUAAAUAGCUGAGACUUCCUCCUAAUAUGCUAUUCACUCGCUUGACACUUCCCAUCUUCUUUGUCCAGAAUAUCUCCAAGGCUGGUUUGUAUCUACUGCGAUAAUCAAUAAUGUCCAGUAUAAACCCCGAACUCAUCGUCAUCAUCGCCAUUUUUGGGGCCGGUGCUGCUGUCACCAUCGGAUUCGUUGUUGCCCGAAUGUUUGGUUUUACAGAAGAGCCAGGCAUCCAACCAAUUGGUCAAGAGCAAAACUUGUAUAUGCGACAAGUCCGCACAAGAAAUCACGCCCAGAUGUAUUGGCAAUCUGUUGAGGCAGCAAGGGUAUCACGCGCAGAGACCGAGCAGACAAAUCUGUAAUGUAAUGACCCUGUCUACAAGACCAGACAUCGCUUGAAAGGCCAACUGAUAGUGGAUCAUAACAGGGCCGUACCCGCACACAGGCAAAA